AUGACUUGCGACUGGAUCCUGGCAGCUGCUCAACUGGGCAACGCACGACAGCGGCGGCUGGCUGCCCAGAGACGAUCGAGCAUCCCACAGAAGAAGAAGAAAACCGACCAAGCGCGCUCUCCCCGUGACAGUCUGAUCGACAAGGGAGCGCCCGGCCCGGCUCCCUCCCAGUCCCGACUCUCCGGGACGCCCCGGCGCCCUCGAAGCCCUGUUUCAUCCCAGAGCAUUCGCGCUUGUCGGUUGCUGGCCACUGCAGGCAACAAUGUCGUGCCCCGCCCGGCAAAAAUCGGGAGCGUCCAACUCUGCCGCUUCGCUCAACAGAGCCUCCCAGCAAGCCCGGCUGGCCCACUCAUGUCUCACAGACACGGGGGCUCGGGCGGCCGAGAGCCGGCCAGACUGCAGCUAGCCUCGCGGAUUGGUCGAGCAGGUGGUUCAGCCGGCCAGUCUUACAACCGGGAGCUCGAACCGACGACACUCUCGGGUGCUUGUGCUGACGUGGUAGUAGUGACGCCAAGCAAGCGAGGAGAAGAGCGAUGGGGGUGGCUCCCCGGCGAGCCGGCCGGAGGGCGUACCAGCUUGUCCGGGAGGAUUCCUGCUCGGAAGCCGGUACGGCCGAGCCUGCCCAAUAUGCAUUCACUUUUUGAGAGGUCCAUUUCUGUAGUAUUGGUCGAUGGUCCACCGACGGCAAUCACCACCAUCAUACCUUCCGGCUUGUCUCGCAUCCCUUGA